AUGGCGCCUGCUACUCCUCCCAGGUCAAGGAAUAGACGUGGGAAGUCCGUGGUAAUGGACGCUCCAGCACGGCCCGAGCUUUUUCCUACGUCCCCACAGCGUCAGCCGCAACUUGGCAUUCCUGUUACUCCCGGGAGUGUCGGUACCAAGCCCAAUAUGUCGCAUUUCAACAGGCUCAGAUCGCCUCUACUACGUUCUCCGGCCAAGGGCCUUCGAACGCCCGAAUACACCCCCGUGAAACCUUCCGAAAGCGUCAAGAAGAAAUUAGACUUCGGCGACGCAAGUCAUGAAUUUCAAAGUGUAGGUCGCGUCCUAUUUCCUGAGAGCACGGAAAGUACCGAAAUUAGCGAUAGAGAUCGUUUCCAGAACAGGUUUCUGGCUCCUCCUUCAUCGACUGCGACAUCUCAGUUGCUCCAGGGAGCUCCACAGCUUCUGCCGUCUAACUCGCAAAAGCAGGCCUCAAAAGCCUUUUCGUCUCUUCUGCAGGAUCAGCUCGACGAGGAGGACUCGGCCUUGAGCAGUGUAAGGGCAGAUCCAUGGGAGCCCGAGAGCGCCGGACAACCUGCAAGAAAAGAGGCCAGACAGAUGCCGGGCACUCCUAGUGAUAAGAUUGUCACUUUCGAGCUAGCCAAAGAUUGGAACAACAACUCAAGGUCGUGUUUUUCGUCUGAUGAAGAAGGCGAGGAGCCAAUGGUACGACAAAAGACGUUGGCAAAUCCUUUUGAUGAUAAUUCUACAGCCAGUGAGGAAACUAGGCGGCGCCGCCAAGAGCUUCUGAUAGCCGAAAAUCCAAGUAUUGGCAACACGAUUCAGUAUGUGGAUAAGAAUGGAAAACUUGCAAAAGAGAGGCGUUUGUCUCCAGAAGAGCAAAAGAGGUUCCAACCAAGGAGACUAUUCACAAAAGAAUUGGACAAGGAUUAA